AUGGUAGAUGGGAAUUCAAGUUUUGAUGAAGAUACUGGGAAUCAGCAAAUACCCUAUAAGUACAACCAGAAAUAGCAAUCUUUUGGGUAAAGUAAAAAUGAUACUUAUAUAAUAAUAGUUUAGCCUAAGAGAUAUAACAAAUAAAGAAUAAUCUAAUAGAAGUACAUCUACCUAUAUCAAUAAAUAGAACUAUUAGAGUUUAAGGAACAAUAAAAGCUUCAAUAUCUCAAAGACUUGGAUGUCCAAAAAAAUAAUUCUUGGCUAUGA